AUGGAAAAAACUGGGGAUUUUAGUGUUAGAGAAGUUUUUCAAAAAUACAGAGAUUUAAUACUCAAGGGAGAUGGUAGUUUUUCUGACAAACAAGAUUUUUUGGAAAAUUCUAUUGUAGAAAUGAAAAAAUUAAAGGAUAAUCUUGAGAUAGAAGAUAUUAUAUCAUUAAAUGAUCAGAUAGAUGAGAUAUCUGCUACAAAUCUAGAAAUGUUUCUUUUACCAUAUUUAAUAGGAACUGCUUAUUAUAAUAUCAGAGCUACUGAUCCUAAAAAAAGGAUGGAUGUAUUAUUAAAUGUUAGGACUUAUUUACGAGAAUAUCUUGAACACCUACGUAUAUAUUAUAUUAUUGGUUUCAGUUUACCCUGGCUUAGAGAUAAAGAGGAGGAACCUUCUGAUAGUUCUUCUAUAUCAAAAGAAGAUAAAUUAACUCCAUCUGAAAGAAGGGAACGAAUACUUAAAAGACAUCAAAUGUAUAAAAAUUUUGAAGAGAAAUUAUUGGAAUUUGAGCAUGAAGCUUCAACCUCUGGUGGUUUAGAUGAAGUAUCUCAAAGAAACUUUAUUUUAGCAAAAUUAAGAACUUUUGCUUUUAAAGCAAUGAUGGAUCUCGAGAAAGUUGACGAGGAACUUGGUAUAUUAGAACAUAUGUUAAAAUUAAAGCGAGGUGAAAUUAGUGAGGAGAAACCUAAACCUCCAGUAAAAUUGUCAACCUAUCGUAUUGUAAGAAAUGAAGAACAAAAAAAAGUUUUUGGAAUGGGUUAUAAAAAUAUUCCAACACUUACAGUUGAUGAAUGGUAUCGUGAAAUGGAUACAAAAGGUCAUUUUAAUGUUAAACAAAAUACUGGAACAGCUCCUAAUACCUCAAACAAUGAUGAUGAAGAUGAUGAUUUGAAUGAGGAUGAGGAGGAAUCUAGGAGGCAAAAGAAGAUAGCUUGGGAUGAGUAUACUGAUUAUCAUCGUUCUGGAUGGGGAAAUACCUACAAUAGGGGUUAA